UCCUUACUUAAAAAAAUCCUCUGAUUCCAAGCAUAAAUUCACACAACAUUCUUUAUCUCAACUAGAGUUAAAAGGGUGGCGCACCACCUUUCCCAAUCCUCACACCACACCCCUCUCUCAACCUCCAACAAUGGCACCAGCCGCAUUGUCACCGGACCUAAACAUCCAUAAUCUCCGAGCCCUUAAAGUUUUAGGCAACGGAGCCAUGGGCACAGUCUUCCUAGUUCACAAUCACCUCACAGACCCAUCCGCCCACUCCCCAUUCGCCCUCAAAGUCGUCGAGAAACGCUCCCCAACGGGCAAGGCAGACGCUGACCGCCGUGCCCGUUGGGAAGUUACCGUUCUCGAACGGUUGAACCAAAAACCACAUUCGUCUCUUCCAUUGUUAAUUGGGUCGUUUGAGACCGAAGAUAUCGUCGCGUGGGCUAUCCCGUAUUGCCCGGGAGGCGACUUGAACGUCCUACGUCAUCGGCAAAUGGACCGCGUGUUCUCUCCUGCGGUUAUACGUUUUUAUGUGGCGGAAAUCGUUUGUGCUUUGGAACACUUGCAUUCCAUGGGGAUAGUUUAUCGCGAUUUAAAACCGGAAAACAUAUUGAUUCAAGGGUCAGGUCACGUGACACUCACGGACUUUGACUUGUCACGUACCCUGACCCCAAAAUCUUUAAAAUCUUUGAUGUUAUCAGAGCAGGUUGAUAAACAUCACCGAGGACUCACACUCACACGUGUCAUGGAAGCUCACACGCUUGUUAAACUGCGUAAAGCAAAAAGUGCACGUGUGUCUCCCAUGACACGUAAAGACGUGAGUCUCGUCAACGGCGAACGAUCGAACUCGUUCGUCGGAACGGAUGAGUACCUCGCUCCUGAGGUCGUCCGUGGCGACGGACACGAGUUCGCCGUGGAUUGGUGGGCGUUAGGAAUACUCUCUUACGAAAUGUUGUACGGUACAACUCCAUUUCGAGGGCAAAAUCGUAAAGACACGUUUGGAAGAAUAUUAAUGAUGCCGCCGAAAUUCACCGGACAACUAACGCCGUUAACGGACUUAAUCACGAAGUUACUCGACAAAGAUCCCACGCGCCGGCUGGGAUACGCGAGAGGCGCGUCUGAGAUUAAAAAGCACCCCUUUUUCGUCGGUUUGCAGUGGGAACUACUAACGGAAGUUGUACGUCCUCCGUUUAUUCCGUCAAGAGACGACGUUGUGUCAAAACCUAAACUAGAUGGUUUCAGCAUAUCAGAGUAUUUUCAGAAGAGAAAUCAGCUGCCGUCACCGUUAGAUUCUCCGUCAAGAGAUGACUGUGGAUAUAACGUCUCGUUAACGGAGUUUUGAGGUUUACAACACGUGUUGAAUAAUAUGUAUAUUAAGAAAAAUAACGGUAGGACGUUAAGUAGAUGAGGCAUAUUACUAUUUAGGGAUGGUGUAUUUUUGUCAUAUACGGAGGUUAUGGACGGUAUACCGCAAUGUUUUAAAAACCGGUUCAAACUGGUUAGUUGUACCGGUUGAACUGUUCGGUAGAACCGGUUAAACCGUCUGAUACCACCAGUUGAACCGUCUGAUAUACCCGGUUAAAAUGUUUCUGAGCCAAAUCUGACACGGUUUAAAAACCGGAUUUUAAAACAUUGGUAUACCGAUGGUAGCGGUGGCGCAUGUAAUUGGGAUCUUAUUAUUGUUGUGGGGCAUAGAGGAGCUUAGAUUAAGGCUUUCUUCAACUAAAUUUCAUUAGGUGUUAUUGUUUAGUAGAAAUUUUAAUAAUUAAAGCCAAAUAAAAAGUGUUUGCAACUUUUAUUGUUGAUAAUUACUUAA